CUGGUUGCCUGGGUCAACGUCGGCUUCCUGCACAUUCCGCACGCAGAGGACAUCCCCAACACAGUGACGAUUGGGAACGAGGUCGGGUUCAUACUGAGGCCCUACAACUACUUCGAUGAAGAUCCUUCCAUCUUCUCUCCCGACGGUGUUUUCUUCACCAGCUUGGAGGAUCCCACCUCCUGCCUGGUCAACCACCUCGCCUGCUUGGCAAAAGCAGCUGCCUGCUUGCCGAACUUUCUACCUUUCACCUACGAGGGCUUCCAAAAUCUGACCAGGCUGUGAACAUUUCUGGACUUUUUGGGGGGGGUCGGGGGAGGGUGCUAUGGGGUGGUGGCUACCCGGAU